UCGGACUGUUGAGAAAACAGUGAUAUCAUUGCCACGGCUCGAGGUGAGUCGAGUCGAGAUCGAAGGAUUAAUUUUCGAGAAUUGGUCGAGGAGCUCUAUCCAGCCAUCAAAACUGGGCUGGAUAGAACUUUUCAGCGUUUGAACAGGAGCGAUGGCGAGCAAGAAUGUAUGAAUUCUUGAUGGCAAAAGAAGAAAGCGAGAUAAGCACAGAGAUUUUCGGUCUGCAACCGCGCAGUGAUGGACUGGAACCAAGGAGGAGCGUAUCGGGUCACGUGGCUGCGCAUGUCAAUCGAGCGAUUCGAACUCAUGCCGUGGCUCCGAUCCAAGUUGUAGAUGACGACGAUACGGAUUGUUGUAGAUCUUGGCAAAUCUUCCUCAACUCCGUCUCGACGCUGGUGUCUGCUGGAUUGUACCUCUGCGAUGUCGUCAGCACCAUCUUGGUCGCUCUGCAGUACUAUGAAUUCCAUCAGGACCACACCUUCGACCACGCUCACAAGACUGCUGCAGCUCAUGAUCAUUCUCAGAUUCCCUUGCGUGCUCUGAUCGCAUGCCUCGCGUUGAUGCUCGUCUCCCAUUUGGGCAACGUGCUGGCGUUCGCCUUGAUCCUUCCAUCCGAAGAGCACCCCUUGCGAUCGGCCUACUUUCUGCCUCUAGCACAGAUUCAAAGACUUCUCAUUGCAGCUUGGAGGACGGCCAAAUGUGGCAGGGGCGCAAAGCCGCCGGAGCCGUCGGAGACCGAGGCACUGUACGCCAUCUUGUCGGUGGCGGAGGCUGGACCACAACUGUCGCUGCAGUUUUUCGUGAUAGUUGAACUCGGCGGUGGAUCUUCGACAUGGCAGCCGUCGGCUGUGCUCGUCAUCUCCGUUCUGGCCUCUCUUCUGUCAGCUGCGUUCAACGCUGGCAGAUCCAUCAUGUACCAGUCGAGCAUGAGAUGGACGCUCGCCCUCAAUACCCCGGGCAUUGCUGGAGGGAUGUACACCAUCGGAGCUUUGCUGCUGCGAUGUACGGCCAUAGCGUCCGUGGCGCUGUCGGUAAGAGUGUCGGGACUGAGUCAGUUGAAGAUGGUGGGAUUUUUUGUGGCGUUGCUGGUGAUUCCUGUGGCGUUCGUGAACGGGGUCAUCUCUCUGUGGCCGACCAUGUCGGAGCUGGGCACGAGCGCAGCGAAACUUCAAGCCCUGAUCGCCUUCUACACGGGCAUCUUCAUGGGACCUCUGUACCCUGUGGUGCAUGGCUAUCGACACACCCGCAUGUCCUACCGGAUCCCCCUCGCAAUCACCACUCUCAUGAACAUGCUCGUCGAUGUCAUAGCCUUGGGCGUUCUCGCGCUGCUCAACUGGAGCCCCUGCAAUUUCUCCACCCGUACACGAACCAUGGCCGAGUCCCAGGGCGCCAAUCUGCCCUUCUUAAGCUCGACGCUCAAAUGCCCUCAAUUUGUGGGCUUUGUCGGCACCGGGGCAUGUCUCACUCUGGCCUCGGCCGUGGUCUUCAUCUGCUCCGUGGCUGGCUCGCGCUACCAAGUCCGCCAAGGCGAGCGACUGAUCCGGCUCGAGAACAGAGGUGGACUCGGCUGCAGUGCAUCGCAGCUGGAGCCCAAUUAGGCCCCUUUCAUGCCAUAAUCAACACCCGAUGAAUCUGAACACCUCCUCCUCCUCCUCCUCUUCGACCUCUGCACCAUUUACAGCAGACUCGCAUCGCUCGCCAUGAAUUCACCGGCAGACUCCAAUCCACCGUCAUGAUGAGAGCAGAUGAUGCAGCACUCCGUUCCACUCUCGUUCACUGCACGGACAAUUUGGCUUCGAUCACUUGUUUUUAUUCUCUAGCUGGUGGCUCCAUCAAUCUGGCACAAUGUUCGUCUCAUCGAGGAACUCGUAAAAGGGUAGAAAUAUGCACCGAACUUCAAGAUUAGGAUCUCCAGCCAGAGCCACAAUUGCUUCGUGUGUGUGACUCCAUACGUGCAUGGAUUUGCACGGCAUGUCUCUACGGCAAAGCUAGAGAAAAUGCUUCUUCCUUCCGAAAAUGCACAAAAACCUUAACAGACUCAUGCUCCAAUCUUUUCCCUACAUAUGAAGCAUUUGGAUUAAGUCGUACCUUUCUGUUGACAAUAUUCGCAGGAUAGAUGUUUAUCACAUGAAAAUAUAUCCGACAGCCGGAUAUGAUGUGCUGAUAGUAGACUGUAUUUCAGAAUGGCCUAAUCACGUGGUCCUUGUUUGAGUGGACCGUCGGCUUCUGUUCUGUCAUUAGGAAUGAAUGUCUUGAAUUGUGAUCCACUUUUCUCCAAUUUCUCUAAUUCGA